AUGGGUGCAAAGCGUCAGCGGCUAGGUGACCAGGGAUCUUCAUUCUAUGGGACCUCCCCUGGCUCAAGUUAUAUGUACAAUCCAACUCCUUAUGCAUAUGCUGGACAACCUCCACCGUUCCCUGUUGUCAAACUUCGUGGUCUACCAUUUGAUUGCACAGAAGCUGAUGUUGCUGAGUUUCUCCAUGGGCUUGACAUCGUUGAUGUUCUUUUUGUCCACAAGAAUGGCAAGUUCACUGGGGAAGCCUUUUGUGUUUUGGGGUAUCCUCUUCAGGUUGAUUUUGCCCUUUCAAGGAAUAGGCAGAAUAUGGGCAGGAGAUAUGUUGAGGUGUUCAGAAGUAAGAGGCAGGAAUAUUACAAGGCAAUAGCAAAUGAAGUUUCUGAUGCUCGUGGUGGUUCCCCUCGCAGAAAUGUUCCAAGGGCCAAAUCUUAUGAUGAAGGGAAGGACUCAGCAGAACAUACAGGGGUAUUGCGGUUGAGGGGAUUGCCAUUUUCCGCUGGCAAGGAUGACAUAAUGGAUUUUUUUAAGGACUUUGUGUUGUCAGAGAGCUCAAUUCAUUUUACAAUGAAUUCAGAAGGCAGGCCAACUGGGGAAGGGUUUGUAGAGUUUGCAAGUGCAGAAGAUUCCAAGGCAGCUAUGGCUAAGGAUAGGAUGACACUUGGAAGUCGAUAUAUAGAGUUGUUCCCUUCAUCACACGAGGAGUUGGAUGAAGCAGUUUCAAGAGGACGGUGA